UGACAGGGGUGUUGGUAGGGUACGAACCCUUGACUUUGAAUCCCGCGAUAAGGCGGUACUGGGACAUGACAGAGUUGACAUCUACGUCGCUUUUACCAGUUAGGCGGGGGACUUGCUUGACAUCAACAGGGGUCAACACUACAUGCUUCUGCCGCGACAACGCGGCAGCGAACGAACGGGUCAAGUCCGGGACGGAGGGGGUGUACGACGAAGCACCGGCAGACACAGGCGGGGAACUGGAUUCUGCCCUAACGGCGACUGCACGCAGACUCACCAUCCUGUCCAUCAGCUGCACUACGUGGUCGGGUAGCUGCUCCAGGCGACCAUCGGUGACCAGGUCGAGGUGCCUGUCCACGACCGACUGGAUCUUGGAGAGCGUGGAGGUGAGGUCCGUGGACGAAGAGGAGGCGGACGGAGCGCCGACGGAGGGCGCAGCGGUGGACGCCACGGACGGAGGAGGAGACGUGGUGAUGACGAGGUCCUGGACGUUGGGUGGGGGUGGUGACGGUGGGUCGAAGCCCUUGGCCUCGACGUGGCCUCCGCUGGUGGGCGGAGUAUCGCGGGCUUCGGCGACAGGUGGGACGAAGAGUUCGCCGGGUUGA